AUGUCUCAAUUUGUUACUGAAUUUUCACCUCCCGUGAAAUUUAAAUCAAAGCAUGAAGAUGAAGCACAUACAGUACUUGAGUAUUAUUUAGUAUUAUCACCAUUUCAAAAGCAAACUCAAGUCGAAUUUUCAAACAUAAGGAUUAAAGAAACAGCCAUUAGAUUUCUGACAGUUGUUAAUUUGCUUGACAAACCUAGACAGUUUGUUUUACCUUCUCCAAAUGAUGGUAUACAUUUUGAUGUUUAUGAAUUCACCUUACAACCAAAGUCAGAACGUAAGCUAUCAAUUACUUGGCAACCAUCUGUAUAUGGAAAAAUGCGAAAAUCGAUUAAAAUAGAACAAGUAGAUAACAAGCGAAAAUACGAUUUUGUUAUUAUUGGAAAUUGUAUUGAUCCUUUACACAAGAAAUUAAGAGGUGCUUCUGUGAAAUUAGCAAAGUCCAAAAAUUCAAAUUUGGCUAAAAAUAAAUUUAAUGGUGGUCAGAACAAAAUAAUUUUGAAUAAAACCAGAUUUGUUAAUUCUACAUCAGAAAGAGUUGUUUUAGUUGAUAAUGCCACAAAAAUAUCUGAACCUAUUCAAUCAAAAACUCUAGAAUCUCCUAUGAGACGGCAAACCUAUUCAGUUGAAGAAAAAGAAAAUAUUCCAAAUUUGAAAAACAACAUGAUUGACAACAACACAACCUUCACUAGUUUUGAACACUGUUUUAAACGUUCAGAUAAAAAUCAUCAAAACACCACAUUCAGUAAUCACAUUAAUACCCAAAAUACAAAUUGUGACAUAAUGACUGAUGAUUCACUAGAUGAAUCACUCAGUAAAUUAAUCAACACUAGUUCUCCAUUUAACAACUUUUUUUUAACCCCAUUGAAAAGUACUGAAAACUUGAUUUCUCCAUUCAGUACCACGAAAAAAUGUAUUAGUUUUGAUAUAGCCGAUAAAAACAUGGCUUUUACUUCAUUCACCACAUCCCCAUUUAAGCCAAUAGAUGCUUCAACUGCAGCUAAGAUUUACACUCCUGACAAUAGAAAACCUGCUAGAAUAUCUGUAAACCUCUGUGAGAAAUUUGAAGAAAUACCAAAGAAUAAAUUAAAUAUGGAUAAUGCAACUUUUAUCAAAAAUACUAGUCCGAACAAAUUUGCAUUACCUCUAAAUGUUGAACAAUCCUUCAACAUUUUGCAAAAUCAUGAAUGUUCUACCACUUGUACACCCAUGCAACAUACAAGAAUUAUUUCAAGAAGUACUAAGCCCAAACGACCAUCAUUUGUUGUUAAAAAUUCUCCUUAUUAUAAAUGUAGCCCAAAAUCAUCAAUGAUUUCUAAGAGUAGAUUGAAACAAUACAGCAUUCUUAGUCCACGGACUAAAAAUUUGAGGACUCCAAAAUUGGAUAAGUGUGAUCAAUACCUCAAGUGCUUGGCAAAUCCAGAACUUGUGUAUCACAAUAAUUCUGAAGAUCCAUUCUUAAAAAUGUCUCAAUAUUAUGAAGCUGAAUGGUUGGAUCGCCAAGAAUCUGAUAUGAUUCGAUGGUUAAAUGCACUUCUUAUGCCUACUGAUAAAUUGGUAGACGAAGAACAAUUAGAUGACUUGGAACAAGCAGCGGUGGCUUGGGAAGAGGCAUCCAAGACAAGCCACAGAAAUAAGCCUAUGCAAUUUGCUACUCAAAAAGAUCUGUUUGUGUCACAAAUAUACAAGCAGUGUCCACAACAAUGGAGUGCAUUGCGAAAAGCAACAUCAAAUCUUCUUACAUCCACAAAUGUGGCGACUGUUUUAUCAAAAUUAACCAUAUCAAUAGAAAAAGAUUUCAUAUCAGUACGAGAUGAUCGUCAAAUACAUUUGGAUUUAAAUUUAAAGAAAAAAAUUAUGGAUUUGUUAAAAUGUUUUAAUCCACUGUGGUUACGAAUUGGUUUGGAAGCAGUAUAUGGUCAAAUAAUUCACAUAAAUUCUGGAUCUAAUGACUUAGAUGGGCUCGGAUGGUUUAUACGUAAAAAUUUGUUUAAUAACGAUUUCAUUAAACAAAAGUUCACCAAAGCUACUGUUCUUCAAGUGAACCUUCCCACAUACAAUAUUGCCAUGAAAAAAUUUAUCUUGAAAAAAAUAUUUAUGCUUGUAUAUUUUUUGGACCGUGCUAAAGAACAACAACUUAUCAGACAUAAUCCAUGUCUUUUCAAAAUAGAUUCUCCUUAUAAAAGUAGCCAUGAUUUCUUGAUGGGAUUUUGUGCUGACAUGGUAACAUCAAAUGGAGAUAUAAAUCGUCGGCUUCGUAGUAUUGACUAUAAUUUGACCCAUAAACAAACUCAUUUGGACGAAGUUAAUUAUGCUGUUAAAUCAUUAAAUGACCUUAGGGAUGGCACCAGAAUCACUAGAAUCGUUGAACUCUUGUUCAAAGGAGAGCCACUGUCACAGAAAUUAAGACUUCCCGCCAUAUCGAAACUGCAGAAAAUCCACAAUGUAAAUUUGGCAUUAACAAGGAUAUCUGAACAUAUUACCAUCGAGGGAAAUAUAAGUACUCGUGACAUUGUGAAUGGCCACAGAGAAAAAAUGUUAUCACUAUUCUGGCAAUUAAUUUAUAAGUAUUUAACUCCUCGAUACAAUAAAGCAGCAAAAACAAUUCAACAUUGGUGGCGAAACAGUAACCUCAAAUUAGUUAUAAUAAAAAGGAUUAGAGCCAAGCAAACGUUUAAACGUCACUUGGCUGCUACUAAAAUACAAGCUUGGGUCCGUGGUUAUUUGAAUAGAAAACAUUGGGCACAUAAGCAAGCCGAAUUAAUUGAAAACCGUGAAAAGUUACAUCUAGCAUCAACUAAAAUCAAACAAUACCUACAAAAUAAACUAAAACUUUUAACUGAAGACCGAAAACGGUUUAUAAUUUUAAGAAGAACUGCAGUGUUUGUUCAAAGAACAUUUAGAUCCAAAAUUGCAAUGGAAAGAGAUAGACAACAAUUUAUAAAAGCUAAACAAUCAGUUUUACUUAUUCAAAAAGUGUAUCGGGGUUUUAUAAUCAGAAAAAACUGGUCGCAAAUAAAAAAUGCCCUUAUAAUAGAAAAAAUUAAUAGAAUUAAUGCCAUUAACGUCAUCAAACGCUCUCUAAGAAAGAACUUACCACCCACUGAAGACAAAUUGUAUUAUAAAAAAUUAUUGCAUGUAACAUUGACCAUUCAAAGAAGAUUUAGGGCAAAUAAUUUGAUGAAAGUACAGAUGAAAGCAUUUAUUAUGUUAAAAAGAAGUGCAGUAAUCGUGCAACAAAGAUUUAGAGCAAAACAAGCCAUGGUACAACAAAAAAAUCACUAUUUAAAACUUAAAAUGUGUGUAUUUAAAUUGCAGGCUGUAACUAGAGGUUACCUUGUGCGAAAAAAAUGGCCUGCGUUACAUACAGAGUUAAAAGCUAAUAGAACACAUUUAACAAACUGUAGUAAUAUAAUUAAGAGAGCGCUCAGAAGUAACCUUCCAUUAACAGAAGACCGCAUUCAAUUUCUUGAUUUAAAACGAUCUGUCAUUAUUAUACAAAACCGAUUCCAUGCUUUGAAAGAAAUGAAGCUACAAAGACAAAAAUAUCUACAUUUAAAAACUGUAACCCUUAAACUGCAGAGUUUGGCUAGAGGAUAUAUACUAAGAAAACAAUGGCCGUCUCUGAGAAAUGAGUUGAUGGUAAAACGUCAACGUUUGAUCAAUUGUAGUAAUAUGAUUAAGAGAGCGCUCAGAAGUAAUCUUCCAUUAACAGAAGACCGCAUUCAAUUUCUUGACUUAAAAAGAUCUGUCAUUAUUAUACAAAACCGAUUCCGUGCUUUGAAAGAAAUGAAGCUACAAAGACAAAAAUAUCUACAAAUAAAAACUGUAACUCUUAAACUGCAGAGUUUAGCUAGAGGAUAUUUACUAAGAAAACAAUGGCCGUCUCUGAGGAAUGAGUUGAUGGUAAAACGUCAACGUUUGAUCAAUUGUAGUAAUAUGAUUAAAAGAGUUCUAAGAAAAAACCUUCCAGCAAAUAACAACCGUUUAAGAUUUCUUGAGAUUAAAAGAGCCACAAUUCUUAUCCAAAGUAGAUUCAGAGCUAAUAGACAAGUAAAAGAAUAUCGGAUGUUACGUAACAAUGCUAUUGUGAUUCAAAGGAGGUUUAGGGCUAAUGUGGCUAUGAAACAACAAAAAAUAAUUUAUGAAGACACCAGAGCUAAGAUUAUCAGACUACAAGCAUUCUUCAGAGGACAUUUGGUUCUCAAAAAAUGGCCUGAGACUAAAUAUGAAUUGGAAGCUAAUAAGAAACAAUUAAUUUCUUCUAGUAAUACAAUAAAAAAGUUCUUGCGCCUUUGCUUGUCGCCCACUCCUGAUCGUUUAAGAUAUAUCAAACUGAGACAGUCUGUAAUGAACCUUCAGGCAAGAUAUCGAGCCAUUGUUGCGAUGAAAUCAGCAGAACGAGAAUAUUUAUUAUUAAAAGAUAGUGUGAUCAUAUUGCAAAGACAUUACAGAGCACACAAAGCCAUGUUAGUACAAAAACAGCGAUAUGAGCUUCUGAAGAAGUCCACAAUUGUAUUGCAGACUCAUGUUAGAGGAUACUUGGCUCGUAGACGUUGGCCACAGUUAAAAUAUAGUAUGGAAGCUAAACAUAGAUUAGCAAUUGAAACUUUAGAGAAAGAGAAUGUCGCGGCAUCUAAAAUACAGGCUAUUGUUAGAGGAUUUUUGAUAAGAAAGAAAUUACCCAAGAUCAAGGAAGAAUUACACAAUCAAAAGCUUGUGCGGGCUGUAACUUUGAUACAGGCCAUAUGGAGAGGUUAUAUUGUAAGAAAGAGAUAUCAGUGUAGACGAGAAACAAUUAGAAUUCCUCAAAAAGGUGCCCUCACAUUGGGCAAACGACACAAUGACGUGGUUGAUGUAUUAAAUAAGCAAAGAAGAAAUGAAUAUUCAUAUCGGGAACUUGCUACGGUUUUCUGGAACUUAGAUACAUGUACAACCUUAUCUAAAGAGCUAUGCUUGAAGACGUCAGAAAGUGUGAUUGUGGACCAUAUGUUUCACUUUUUGCAUUAUUCCAACCAGUCGCAACCAAGUAUCGAAGCAAGGGAGCCAGCAAUCCGCGUGCUGACAAAUUUACUUAAGUACCAUGAAACCUCUUGGCACAUCUGGAUGAGAACCGUUAAUGCUGAUAUGGUGAAAGACCUAAUCAAAAUGAUGAAGACGUGUUGUGGAAAAAUCAGCUCAAAAAAAUUGUACUGUUCAAUUGCUACUUGGAUUUGGAUAGCCCUACAAGACCCAGAAAAAAAACUUUACAUCCAAAAAAUUCCAUCCGCCAUGGUGGAUUUAAAAUUCAUGAUGGAUACUUUGAAAAAAAGGUACAUAACAUCAAAAGUGGACAAAAAAACAAUGGUAUUACCUUCGACGCGGCCUACUUGGAGUAUUGGCUCUAAAUGUCAAAAGUGUUUUGACUCUGACUUCUACGCAACAGCUCAGAUUUGCAAACUUUUGAACAUUUAA